ACAGUCAACGUAUUGUGUUAUGUGAAUAGCAGUGGUAAACAGGCACAGUUCUGUGUAAAUAAUUACCACGUAGUGAAGAACUUUCCUGGCUAUUUAGCAGGGCUGCGUUGCAUCUUCCAGAUUUUACGCAAUGGGUGAUAUAGGAGAAGCCGCGAUAUUUGAAGCAGAGGAGUUUGAGGUAGUAGAUGAAUGCGUGGAAGAAGAUGAAGGGACAAUGGAAAAAGAUUUAGAGAAAAUAUCAAGUAAUAAUUCGGCAACAGUAUCUGCUCCAGAGAAAACAACUGGCAGUUUGCAGAAUGCAGAAGAAAGCCAACUGAAAAACAUAGGACAGGAAAAACUUGAAUUACUUGAUAAGACUUGUCGAGAUGACGAAAUUGAAAAGAAACCAAAUAAAAAAGAAGUUCCCAAGACUACAAAGAGUACCCAGGCUAAGAAUGGGCCAGUGGAAGGCUGCCUCCAGAAGAAACAGAUCUUACGCAUUCAAAAACCAAUUGACUUUACCGCUGAUAUUUCUAUGGAGCAGCUGGAUGCCCCAGGAGCAUAUAUGACCGAUGAAGAAAUUAUGAACCAUCUUGAUGAAAUUGAAAAUAUUGUGCUCGAUGGAACAAGUUUUGAGCUACAGGAUGAAUCUGAUCAAUCAAUUUCUGUUUUAUCUGAUUCAGAUGUACAGGAAACACCGACAAAAGAAAAAUCACACCAAUCAAAUGAUGAGCCUCCUUGUGACGAGAAUAUUACAGAUGAAGUUAAAAGUACAACAGAGAACGAAAAUGAAAAAAUGAAAGUGCAAGUAGAAGAAACAAAAUCGCAGAAAAGUUCAAGUGAGGUCGUAGUAAUAGACCUGGAAGCAUCUGUGCCAGAGUCAGCAGAUGAACCUCUUAACACAGAAUGGUAUGAAAAAAAGCUUGAAACAAAAGUGGCAACUGUAAAAGACCGCUUGUCAAAAUUAGCCCGGGUACUUGAGUUCUCUUAUCCACGAUACAAAACUUGGUUGGAUCGGAAUGAAACUCUUCUUGGAAGUCCUGUUUGUCGACUGGAUGCCCCGCGUCGGUGUUCAUUGGAAAAACCACAUAGUAAUCGAUGGAAAUUUAUUUGCAACAGAAAGCCUGUACAGGAGUCAACAGAGAAGCAGAGCACUAACAAGGAGGAAAGUUCAGGCAACACCAACUCAACAAUGUGGCGGCUGACUCCAACCGGUGUAUGGGGUUCUAAUACCGAUAAUUCUUCUGAAUAUCCGUCUUUUGUAAUGAAAGCAGUUAAGGUUUUUGAAGAUUUUCUCCAGUCAACGCCACCCUUGGAUGAAUCAUCUGCUCAAUCAGCUGGUGAACUUACUGCUGAUGGCAAUGCAGCACCAAAAUCCAAAGAAGCAUCUUCCUGUACGGAUGCAGGUGAGAAGGAAAAUAUUCAGCAGCAAUGGUUGUGGCUUCUAGUCAGAUGUAAUCGUGACGAUGAACUAAUGCUGUUCGCAACUGGAAAAAAUAUCGAACGUGCAACGAUGGAUAACUUAAAACAGGUGUACGAAACUGGACCUGGCAAAGACUGCAAGGUCAAGUCAUUGUAUUGCAAGUCGAUUGUCAAAAAUGGAGAUACAACAAGUUACACCACAACGUUUUUAGUUGGAUCUGAAGCUUUAGAUGAAAAGGUUGGGGGUAUAAAAAUACAAUUGGCACCUAAGACGAAUUUUUGGUCAAAUGCAGCUGGCGCUGAAAGUCUUGGAAACACGGUAGCUGAUUUCGUCUCACCUACACCCAAAACCACAGUUGUAGAAAUUGGUUGUGGAACUGGACUCAUUGGGCUUAUGCUUGCAUCAAAAUGUCAGCAAGUUAUUGGUCUGGAUUCACUAUCAGAGGUAGAAGAAGCCGAAAUGACCAGUGAAUUGAAUGGUAUAAAAAAUGCUGCAUUCGUCAUGGGUGAACCUAGCGAAGUAAUGGCCACAAUCAGUAAAGUGCUAUCAAAUUGUAGAGCUGUUGCAAUCGUGAAUACGAACACCAAUAUUGGCAGAGCUAUUGAAGUGAUGACAAAUCUACGAAAAAUCACAUCAUUGGGACGGCUUGUAUUGGUGACUACUUUGACAAAGCAAUCUGUUCGAUCUAUAUUAGAGCUCACAAGGCCCAGUGAUGGUUUACUUGGCAAUCCAUUCUUACCUACUCGCGCAUGUGUUGUAGACACCUUGCCUAUUGGACCACAUUUCGAAGUUGUUAUAUUAAUGGAACGUCGGAACAUAAAUAAGUUCCCAGAGCAUUGCGUGUUGCCAGGCUUACCAAAAUCGUUAUUAGGCCAGAAUAAAGGAGCUGCAGGUUCGAGUAGGCCAAAUAUAAAUACCCUGUCUAGAAAGCAAAAAAUCAACCUCCAACGAAUAUCAAAAAUGCCGAUUCCAACUACAAAGGUUGCUAAAAUUGGUGGGCCUCCUAACAAGAAAGGAAAGUUGGUCCCUGUUGGCACAAAAAAGGGGCAAUUACCCACCGCAAAACCAAUAAAAACCUUACCACCACCAAAAAAUAAAUUUACAAAGAGGAUUCAUUCGCCAGAUAGACCCCAUGUACCUCCCAAAAAGUUUGCGGGUAAACCUGAUAAAGGUAAUUUCAAACCGUGGACAACAGAAAGAGUUUCUUCUGAAUAUAAGCCACAUGAAGGCAACCGAGGAGCGAAUAGAUUCAAUGAACCAAUGCGAAAGAAUGUGCCACAUAGAAGUAGAAGUCCAAUAAUCAUGAAAGGUGACCUGGAAAGACACAGCUCACACAGUUGGAUUGAAGAAACCUCCAUUCACCGUGGAAGUCCGAGUCGUGAUAAAAGAUUUAGAGAUCAUAGGGAUCAAUCUGAUUUGCGGCAGAGAUUAUCCGGUAAUCGAAUAGAGCCUGAAAUAAUGGAAAAAGUCAAAAAGCAGCAGCAAAUGCUCGAUCUAGCCAAGCAAAAAUUAAGCGGACCAUCUGCUAGCGUUGAUGCAGCAACUGCGAAACAACUUCAUAACAUGCUGAAUAUGGUUCUGGAACAGACCAAUAAAUUACAAAGUCAACUGCCACGCUCAGUGUGGGAUCGUAUUGCACCACCAGAAAAUAUACCAGGCCCAUCGAAUGUCCAGUCACCAAAUGAUCCGCUAUUAAAAGGUCGGUAUGUCCAAGGAAUGGGAACUCAAGAUAUAUUGAUCACAACAGCCAACAGAGAAUUUUUACAAUCAAAUGAACCAAUGUCAAGAGGAAAUUUUGAUCGAUUCAAUGCUAUUCCUCCUUCAAGAAACAAUCAAAUGUCCUCUAACUUGACAAUGAGACAAGACCGUGGUCCAGACCAUUUCCAGGAUAUCGGUCCUGAUAGGUUUCGCAAUCCUGGUGUUGAUUACCAUAAGCGUCAUGAAGAGGGAAACCCAUGGAAUCGCGAUAAGCAGUCCGAUAAAAGUCAAUGGGAGCCAUUCCAAGAAAAAAAAAGUACAUCACCUAAUAGAAAGCCUAUGUCUCCGCUGAGACACCAUUUACCACAGAUAGGAAGACCUGCAUCACCUAGACGAGUUGCAUCACCACUCAGAAGACCAUCAUCUCCAAUGAGACAUCCAAUAUCUCCGCAAAGGAGACAUAUUUCGCCCCUUAGACGUCCAAUAUCACCACAAAGAUGUCAGAUAUCUCCCAGGCAUCAAUUGUCGCCAUCGAGACGCCAUAUCUCACCACCGAGGCGAGGCAUGUCUCCCCCUAGACAUCACGUGUCUCCGUCUCGGCGACAUUUAUCUCCCACGCGACGUCAAUUAUCUCCAACAAGAAGGGUCGAUGACGAUUGGGACAUACCAAGUAGGGGUGCCAUAGAACAAAAUAAUUGGCAGCGACCCAGGGAACGAGUACCUGAGCAAAGACGGCCCGAUAGACAACCAUCUGGUAAUUUCAAUUGGGAUCAUUCAUCAGGCAAUGAGAGAUAUCGCAAACCAGUAAAUCAAGACAAGUGGGAUAUCAAAGAUUCAAGUCACGAUGCAAUUUGGACAAGUGGCACAGGUAGCGGGGAUACAUGGGAGCCUAAACAGCCAACUGUUGCCCCAAAUCAGGAACACUGGCAGUCGAAAAAUGAAAACAGAUGGCAAAAUUCAUCUGGCGGAUCCAAUGGAGAUAAUUGGAAUAUCAGAGGAAAAGAAAGCUUUUCAAAACCACUGGCAAGAGAAGAACCUAAAAUGCCUUGGACAGAUGGUAAGCAGAGAUGGGGAGAUUUGGGAGGUCCCUCAAAGGAAUCCUGGAAUCAAGCUGACAAGGAAGAUUGGAAUGACCUUCCCGAAGAUGCAAAAGAUCCUUGGGGAGAUGAUGGUAAUAAUGCAAACAAGGAUCGUUGGCCUAAGUAUGGAAUGUCAUCCGCAUGGUCCAGAGAAAACCAAACAGGAGAUGCGUGGGCCAAACCGAAUAAUGACAACUGGCAAAAUAAAUCUACGCCUGUUAACAAACCUCAAUGGCAGCCAUCUCUGAGUGGGCAGUACAAUAUGGAACCACGUUGGACGUCAAAUGAAGCACCCAAAAAGACCUCAUUAUCGGCAGCUUGGCAAGGAAACACGAAUAUGACAAACAACUGGCAGCCGCAAAAUUAUUCUGGAUUUCAGCAAUCUCGGUCUUACAAUCCUGGUUCCUUCAAAGAUAGACGUUAAAUCGUUACAUUAUUAUUAAAUUUGUUAUCAUUAUUAACAAAUGGUAGAGGGAAAUGCGUUUUUCAGACUACAUUGGCAAUGCUAGAUAAUGUUACUCUGUUAGUUGUAGAUUUUCGGCUGAAAUCUAUGGAUUGAGAAGUUAAGGGAUGAUUAUUUUUUCAUAUCAAGUCCAAAUUUGAUUUGCACUUGAAAUUAUAAAUUCAAUCGUAGUCAUAACUGCAUUAUGAUAUGUUUUUUUUCCAUUGGAAUGAAUAUCAAUUGUUGAGAUAGUUCACAAUUUUCGUUUACUUGGUCAUAUUUGAAUUUCAACAAAUCAAGAAUUUGUAAUUUACAUAUAUUUUAUUAUCCACUUGUAUUGGAAGCUAAAAAUUUUCACAGAGGGAUGUGUAUUCAAAUAUUUGGCAUCGAUAUAAAUUUAAGCUAAUACUAAGUAAUUUUUGUUGUAAAAAGUUUGAACAAAGUUCUGAAUAUUUAUUACUUUUUACAAUACUGUUUUUCCUUUCAGUCGACCAUUUUUUUUUUUUUUUUUAUGCCAAUGUUUUUAUA